UCCUCAAUGGCAUCUCGCACACAGACACACACACUCACACACACUCUAAUAAUAGUGUGGAUCAGGUUCUGGAUGGAAGAGGAGGAGCUCUUUAUUUCUCUGUCACUUUCUGUGCUUCUCCUUCUUCACUGACACUAUCUUUAUGCUGGUUUGGACGAUUCAUCAUUUGGAAUAUUUGUAUUUCUUCUAUUUUUAUCCCUUCAACAAAACCCUUUUUUGUACAGUACUUUGUCAUCUUUUGUAAAGUUUAAAUAGUUUGGAUUUUGUGUAAUUCUUAUUUUCUCAGUGUGGAAAAUCUUUUUUUAUUUUAAAAGUUUGUUAUUCUUUGCAAUGGUGGUUUAGUGUGCAACUAUUAUUGAAACUACUACAGUCUUCCUCAAGUGCUUUGACGUCUUUUCAGAAAGUCUGAAUAGUUUUGGCACCCUUUAAUUCCUGGACUGGAAUAAAGGUUUCCAUCGUAUUAUAUUCUGGUACACAUAUUUGUAAUUCAUUGUGAUGGUGGUUUAGCCUGCAUUUGCCUGGUUCUGGCAUCUUUUUUUGAGACAUGCAACGCUACCGCCACUACGGCUCCUCCUCACCUCCUGUAGAGGAGAUCAAUGCUGAAAACGAGGAGGAGGAGGAGGAGGAGGAGGAGGAGGAGGAGGAGGAGGUGUACACUGAAGAAGAGGAGCCACUGAUAGGUUUAUCAGAGGAAGAGGAGGAGAUCCAAGAGACAGGGAGCGUUAAAGAGGAAGAGGUCCCUCAGACAGAAGUGGAGGUGCAGCCUGUUGUUCAGGAGACAGAGGGAAAGUCAGCGCCAGUGGAUAGCAAGAAUGGAAAGAGGACGGAGAGAGGAUCAGGAGGAGAUGCAGCAGCAGCAGCAGCAGCAGCAGGAGGAGGAGGAGGAGGAGGGGCUAAGUACUCCAUGUUCACCUGGUUUGUAGUCCUCGCCCUGCUCGGAGUCUGGAGCUCCGUGGCCGUCGUCUACUUCGAUGUUGUGGACUACGACAGUGUCAUCGCCAGAGCGAAGGAGUUUCGCUUGAACUUUUCAGAAGUUUUACAAGGCAAACUGACGGCCUACGACACUGACGGGGACGGAGACUUUGACGUGGAGGAUGCUAAAGUUCUUCUCGAUGAAAAGAAGUUAAAAGUUCCUGCUCCCAGGAAAGAGGACAGGAAAGAGGGGAGGAAGAGGGGUAAAAGUAAAGAAGAGAAGACUUUAGAAGACACUGAUCCAGAGAUUAAACUCCAAAAAGCUGAAGCAGAGAAGAAAGAUGCUAGAGAAAACACAACCAGAGCCCGGCCCAUCAGAGGAGCCAUGCUACGCUCUGCUCUGAAGGAAGAGCUAAGGAUGAUCCACGAGAAGAUCGAGGCCAAAAGGAUCGCCCGGAUGGCAAUGGCUGAGAUCAAGGCCUUCCUUGCUGAGGAAGAAGAGGAACACGAGAAGGACUGGGUGCUGAAGACGAAGACGCUGGAGGAAGCACAGAAGCACCUAAUGGAGGAGAAGGAGAGGAUGGAAAAAGAGAAGCAAGAAAUGGAGAGAUUGGCAAAAGAAGAGAGGGAACGACUAAAGCAAGAGAGGGCAGAGAUGGAAAAGAUGGAGAAAGAGCGCCUAGCUAGGGAACGAGAGAGGAUGGAGAAGGAAAAAGCUGAGAGGGAACAACAGGAGAAAGUUAGAGUGGAAAGAGAGAGGGCUGAAAAGGAGAGGAUGGAGAGGGAGCGAAUCGCAAAAGAGAGAGAAAGAAUAGCCCAAGAGAAGGAACAGUUAGAGAAGGAGAGACUUGAGAAGGAGAAGAUCGCUAAAGAGAAAGCGGAAAAAGAAAGGCUGGAAAGGGAACGCAUCGCUAAGGAAAGCGCUGAAAAAGAGAGGCUCGAGAGGGAAAGCCUUGUUAAAGAAAAAGAAAGGAUAGAAAGGGAACGCAUCGCCACAGAACGAGCCGAAAAAGAGAGACUUGAGAAGGAGAAGAUCGCUAAAGAGAAAGCGGAAAAAGAAAGGCUGGAAAGGGAACGCAUCGCUAAGGAAAGCGCUGAAAAAGAGAGGCUCGAGAGGGAAAGCCUUGUUAAAGAAAAAGAAAGGAUAGAAAGGGAACGCAUCGCCAGAGAAAAAGAGAGACUGGAGAGGGAAAGCCUUGUUAAAGAAAAAGAAAGGAUAGAAAGGGAACGCAUCGCCAGAGAAAAAGAGAGACUGGAGAGGGAAAGCCUUGUUAAAGAAAAAGAGAGGCUGGAAAGGGAACGCAUCGCAGAGGAAAGAGCUGAAAAAGAGAGGCUGGAGCGGGAACGCAUUGCCAAAGAAAAAGAUAGGCUAGAAAGGGAACGCAUCGCUAAGGAAACAACAGAAAAAGAAAGACUAGAGAAGGAACGCAUCGCAAAAGAAAAUGCCCAAAAAGAGAGGCUAGAGAAGGAACGCAUUGCCAAAGAAAGAGCUGAAAAAGAGAGACUAGAAAGGGAACGCAUUGCUAAGGAAAAAGCUGAAAAAGAGAGGAUAGAAAGGGAACGGAUAGUUAAGGAAAGAGCUGAAAAAGAGAGGAUAGAAAGGGAACGCAUCGCAAAAGAAAAUGCCCGAAAGGAGAGGCUGGAGAGGGAACGCAUCGCAAAAGAAAGAGCCGAAAAAGAUAGGAUAGAAAGGGAACGCAUCGCUAAAUUAAGAGCUGAAAAAGAGAGGAUAGAAAGGGAACGCAUCGCCAAAGAAAGAGCUGAAAAAGAGAGGAUAGAAAGGGAACGCAUCGCAAAAGAAAAUGUCCGAAAGGAGAGGCUGGAGAAGGAACGCAUCGCAAAAGAAAGAGCCGAAAAAGAGAGGAUAGAAAGGGAACGCAUCGCUAAAGAAAAUGCCCGAAAGGAGAGGCUGGAGAAGGAACGCAUCGCAAAAGAAAGAGCCGAAAAAGAGAGGAUAGAAAGGGAACACAUCGCUAAAUUAAGAGCUGAAAAAGAGAGGAUAGAAAGGGAACGCAUCGCUAAAUUAAAAGCUGAAAAAGAGAGGAUAGAAAGGGAACGCAUCGCCAAAGAAAGAGCUGAAAAAGAGAGGAUAGAAAGGGAACGCAUCGCAAAAGAAAAUGCCCAAAAGGAGAGGCUGGAGAAGGAACGCAUCGCCAAAGAAAGAGCUGAAAAAGAGAGGAUAGAAAGGGAACACAUCGCUAAAUUAAGAGCUGAAAAGGAGAGGCUGGAGAAGGAACGCAUCGCCAAAGAAAGAGCUGAAAAAGAGAGGAUAGAAAGGGAACGCAUUGCUAAAUUAAGAGCUGAAAAAGAGAGGAUAGAAAGGGAACGCAUUGCAAAAGAAAAUGCCCAAAAGGAGAGGCUGGAGAGGGAACGCAUCGCCAAAGAAAAUGCCCAAAAGGAGAGGCUGGAGAGGGAACGCAUCGCAAAAGAAAAUGCCCAAAAGGAGAGGCUGGAGAGGGAACGCAUCGCAAAAGAAAAUGCCCAAAAGGAGAGGCUGGAGAGGGAACGCAUCGCAAAAGAAAAUGCCCAAAAGGAGAGGCUAGAAAGGGAAUGCAUUGCCAAAGAAAAGGAUAGAAUCGCCAGGGAAAAAGAGAGGGUAGAAAAGGAACUAGUAGCCAAAGAAAAGGAGAGAAUGGACAGGGAACGCAUCGCCAAGGAAAGGGCAAUAAUUGCUCAGGAGAAGGAGAGAAUUGAAAGGACAAGACUGGAGAAGGAAAGGACGGAGAAAGAGAGAAUUUCAAUGGAAAAGGCGCUGAUGGAAAGGCAGAGGCUUGCUAGAGAGAACGCUGCUCGGGACAAGAUGGAGGCGGAGAGACUGGCAAAGGUAGAAGUGAGGAAACCAAACUCUUCCCAACCAAAAGCUCCAACAGCUGAGGAAAAAAGUGAGCGACCAGUAGUAAGAAAGGCGGUGGAAGGGAAAUUGGCCGUGAGUGCAAAGCAAAAAUGACCGCAAGAGGGGAGGAUCGUUCCCUUUUUGAAAAAAAUAUAAACUGUACAUUUGUGUCAUCACUGAGCAGGUCAACUUUUAUAUCCUGUGCUUCUCUAGUGUAACUACCUAUGGAAAAACAACCUGCUGAUUGGUCUGAUUUCUACUCUAAUCUUUUCAGUAUUCAACAUCCUUUUGUAGAUUUGAUGAUUUUAAAUCUGGAAGAAAAUCUUGAAAAUCCUGAAAUGUGUUUGGCAGAUUUUUACCCAGUUUCUAGUCCGUUGCAUGUUUGGUUGAUUUGGUUUUAUUUGGGUGAUGAUAUCAGCUAAAGCAAGCAAACCCUUUUGUCUUAUCUAAUGAUGCAAGCGUGAAUAUGUUUUUUUUUGCAAAUAGUUCUGCAGCUUUGAUAAAAUGUGAAUGUAAUAUUUAUUGAGUUUCAACGUUUUUAAUUUAAUUUGAAAAAUCAACUUUUGAUUGAUCCAAAACCAAAAAACAUUUGGCUAAAAUUCAAACGCUGAUGUCAUUACUAAGCAUUGAAUGUUUAAAGCAUAGAUUUUCUGUUUGGAUUCAUCAAUGUGACAUUAUCUCAAGGUUAAUAGUUUGGUUAAAGUGUCGUCUUGCAUAACACAGAAACUGUGCUAAGACUGUAUUUGAAUAGUUUUCAAUGUGUGUGCUGUCAUUUGAAACCUCGUCAUUGUCCACUUAAGGGAUUCAUUUGCUGAUACUUGAGAGUAGUUGUGUUUUUGUUUUUUUUGUGCGAUAUGGUCAUCCCUUUGGUUACUGGCUUUUAUCUUUGCGUGAUGAUGGUUCAUUAGGAUUUACAUUUUAUUAAGUUUUGAGCAUUAUUUAAUUGUCGGUAAUGUAGAGAAAAGAGCUGGUUUGAAGGGGGGUAAAUUGUGUUUUCAAAUAACAAAAUGACUUAUCUUCUGCUUUUUUGCAUCCUCUCUGAAAUACUUUUCCUUCAAAGUGUGAGAAAAUCUGUGGAAAAUAAAUGUUGGUUAUCAAAUUGUGAUAUGUUUGUCUUCCUUCUUGGUGAUAACUGAGAUGUAAAAGUAGCUUGAUAAUGUGUGGAGGGAGUACGUGUUGCCAUUACCUGCAAACACUUUCAUUUUAACAUGAGUAAUGAACAACACAUUCUCCUUCCUUUUAUUUAACGUAUCUCCCUCCAACACAGCUUCCUCCUUUCUUAUCUUGUUUCCUUUUCCGGCUGCUGUAACUCAAGACUUUCUCUUCCUUAAAGUAAGAAAUGUAAGUGUGUGGUUGAUGGAUAUGUUGAAUUCGAGCACAUACUGUUUUCUUUAAGGCACUGGCCCACUUACCUGUAAACCACCAUCAGUCAUAAAUAGUUUUUGCAUUUC